UGCCGGGUUUAAGUUGUUUCUUACUUUAUCCAACCUUUCGUGCUUUCCUAUCCGUAAAUAGCCUUCAUCCGGAAAUAUCAGAGGCCCCUCAGCCGCCAGUCACCUCCAAUCUGCGUAACAUUCGGAACUUUUUAUUCUUGAACGCCCAAAGAGGACCGACCAUUCUUUGGUUCGGCCUCUCGGUGCCACUCCCUUUGAUUGCCCAUAUUUCUGCGACAGCGGUCUCUCGUCGUUGUUCAACGUAUUUGGGGUCGACUGUAACGCCGCACUAUUCCACCCAUCUCGACUCCCCAUGGAUCCAGUCCAUUCAGGCGAAGUCUCGGAUGCAGGUGAUCGAGCGCCUCCUUCUCCGCUCCAAGAACACGCGGGUCCCACACUGACGCCUCAGACUUCCCAGAGGCGCCAGGCAACAGAAAGGUUCUUGACACUAGGUUCCAUCGACGUCGAACGCCAGUGUAGCGUCCCGCUGCCCGAGGGUCGUCGGUGUGGGGGGUCUCUGACGUGCAAGAGGCACUCGGUGAGCUCGAAACGCGCGGUGGCUGGGAGGUCUGCGCCGUAUGAUCAGUUGCUUGCUGCCUUUAUGGAGAGGAGACGAGCUGAGAAUAGGGUCUUGGAAGAGGCUAGUAGAUGAGUUUGAGAGGGAGUUUGAGAGUGGUACGAGAAGUUGCUCGUGCGAUGUUAAGUUAUUGCUGGUAUAUGCGAGGUCGAGUCGGGCCGUUGAGAGAUGAUCGUGGUGUUGAUAAUCAUGUGGAUCUGACAAUGAUUUUGCUGCCACUGGGAAGUGGCCCAAAGGAACAACGUCCG